AUGAGAUAUCUCCAUACGACAAUUCAAAACAGCCAAAAGAUUCUGCAAUGCAUAUCCCUUGACCAAAAUGAACAGGAAGGCAUGGUGCUAGAAAUUUUUCGAAAUUAUGCACAAGUUCUUCUUAUUGAAAAAAUAAAUCAAGAAGUACAAAUAACAAGACAUGAAAUGUACCCGUUUGGUGUUGAAAUUAAGCACGUAGUUCCAAUUGGCUCCCACUUGGCCGUCAUUACUAAUGAUUGUCACUUGAUGAUGACAGAAUCCACUCCUCCUUUCAAGCGUGUAUCAUGCGACAAGCUUUACAAAGGUAACACUCCUACGAGCAUCCCUAUUGCUCACUGCGCAGCGUCAACAAACGGAGAAUUUCUUGUUUGUUGUGGCUAUGUUGGAAACGCAGUUGUAGCUUCAUUCGAUUCAGAAGAUAAACCAACAAUCAAAACCAUCAAAUUCCCAGAAAACUUCAUCAUUCAUAGCGCAGUUGCUACAGAAAUGCCAGAAUAUUUUGCAUUUUUAAUCUCAUCUAUUGAAACCAAUCAAAAGCAUAUCAUUAAAAUCGAUGUCAAUGAUUCAAAGCUCUUCGAACACAUAGAAGUUGAUAAUGAUUCUCGCGAAUUAAUUUCAGUUUUUAACAACGAAGGUUACGCAAAGCAAUACUUAUUCACUGACCACAAAUUCAAAGCUGGAGUAUUCCAAGGUGUUGUUGAAGUACCAAUUGAAGCUCCUGUCGCUUCUUAUUUCUCAAAUAUGGCAGGUGAACUUGCUUAUCAAUUGACCAACGGCAAAAUCUACGUUUGCGAUCCGAAAGACUUCCAAAUCACACCUCGCGGAGAACUACCUUUGAUCUCUCAUUUCUGUCCCCUACCAAAUGACCUUCUUCUAUGCGUUGCAGAGCAUGGAGAUGCGUUCGUCGUUCAAGUAGCUCAUACAAGCGGUCUCUGCAAUAACUCAAUUAACUUCGAAUACUUCCCUAGAACUCCAAUUCCUUUAAUGCCCGUAAUUUCAAACGCUCAGUUCGUAGAAAACGAUAUGGUUGUUUGCAGUGGUGUUGGCAAGUACACAAACAUCGUUACAAUAAGCAAUACAAUACCUCAUACGAUAUCUCAGAUUGAUUACAACCAACAAGAGUAUUUUUCACGUAAUUGCCCAACAUUCAAACAAUUGUCGAAAUUCCCGAACCACCAAUUACAGUUAUUUGCACUCCAAGAAGGAAUUCUUGUUUCUACGCCGAAAGCAACAGUCAGCGUUACAGGAAGCUUCAGCAAAGCCUUACAAUCCCAGAAAACCAUCAAAGCAGGAGUUUUCAAUGGCGAAACUGUUCAGAUUCACGAUCAUGGUAUUGCAUGCUUAACUUCUGGCAAACAGUGGUAUAGCGACAAUAUUCUCGUGGCAGCAGAGAUCACAAAUGAUAUGAUCGUGGUCUGUGAACCAACAGGGGAUGUCUCAUUAUUAGGUACAGACUUAACCGUGGUCGCUAAGACAAAUAUACCUGCAGCGAAAUGUUUCUGUUUCUGCGACGAACUACUCGCUGUCGCAUCCGAUAGCGAUAAAGGAACGGCCAUUAUUACAAUUUACUCGAAAGACCUUACGCCAACGGACAAUGUCCUUCAGCUUACAACACCCGUGAACAGUAUGGUCUAUAUUGAAGAGCAGAAUGCUUUGUUCGCUUCAGCUUUCAGUGGUAAUGUAAAUAAAUAUGCUUUCGACAACCUCGGUAACAUUGUUCAGAGCACACAGACCAUCCUUACGACAGCAGUCCCUGCUUCGCUUCUCAAAUUCCAUGAUUCUGUUUUAAUUAUUGCAGAUAAAGUUUUUUACUUCUUCGGAGACGAACUAUUCGCAAUGAGACUUGAUACAGAAGAAAUCAUUGCGGCUGCCUCUCUUCCGAACGAGAAAUCUUUUGUCAUUCUCACUAAAAACGACAAACUCCAGCAAAUAGACGUAGAAAACACCGAAAACGACGUAAACAGAGUCUUGUUCCCCGUCAGCCAAAUGCCAAGAAGGGUUAUCGUUGAUGGAAAACGCUCAUAUAUCAUAUGCAGGUCGAAUCGUGGCUUAAAUACCAUAUCAAGCAUUGUUGUCAUAGAUAAGGAGAUCAAUCUCGGUACUUAUCCAACAAAAACUUAUGAAAUGGGAAUUGAAGUCACUUCACUUACUGUUUUACCUGGCCAUUGCAUUAUCGUAUGCACGAACAACUACCACAAAAACACAUGGAGCCUGACGAAGUACGAUUGCACGAAUCCAACAUGUUUUGUCGAAAUUAUCUCGAAGAAACAAUUUGGAUUGCAAUCUCCGCAAGCCGUUACGUAUGUUCCAUCACAGAAAGCAAUAUUAUACAGUAGAGCUGGCGAUCAGUCCUCAUUGAUGGGCGUUGACGAAGAUUUGAAGAGUGAUUGGAAAUUCCGUAUAGUUUUCAAUUCAUUUUCAAUGCUAACUGUUAUAAAUAAUACUGUAUGGUGCGCUUCUUCCAUGGAUAGAGUCUCCGCGAUCAAAUUUAUCACUGAUUCAAAGACACAAACACAGAAAACAAUUUUGGCGACUGAAGCCAUGCCAAGGCAGGCCACAGCUAUCGUAGGUUUAGACGAUAAUUCAGUUGCUGUAGGAGAUAAAUUUGGAGGAAUCACAAUCCUCAGACUUAGCGAUGAUUUCGCUGUCGACAUCCCAUGGAAGUUCGCAACAUCAUCUACCGCAUUAAUACAAUACAGCGAAGGCCAGAAGAAGCCAAUUCCAUUAGAUGUAGGUCGAAUUGACAGAGUUGCUUCUUUCAUGGUCGGAGAGAUGGUCACUUCACUUAUGGUAUCUCCUGCAUCAAAGACUUUGUAUUAUACAACAUUACUUGGUCAGAUUGGUGUUUUGAUUCCAAUUUCAAACGAAGAAGAGUUUAACAGCUUGGCUUCCGUUGAAACACAGACAGAGAAGGCUUGCUCGAACUUCUUCGGAUUGAUGUAUCCAAAGGCUAUAGAUAGCGGAAGAAUGGGUAUCUUAAACUGCGAUAUGAUUGAGAUGCUCAGAUUAUUACAGGAAUCAGAUCAAGAGAGAAUAGAACAGGGUCUUAAGAUCCAUAAAGAAGCAAUAAUGGGCCUUAUUUGCAGACUCAAAGCCAGUGCAAAGUUUUAG